AAAACUUAUGAAAUAAUCAAUUUUUAUGUAACAACUUAUACUAUAAAAAAUUCGAAAAAAAGAUAUAUUCGCACAUUCAAUAAAUGAGAUUUCUCAUUACUUCUUAUCAAUUAUUAAUAUUUAUUUAUUAUAAAUAAUUAAACAUUAUAUUAUGGUAUCAUAUAUUAAUAAACUACUUGUAAAAAGACAAAGUACGAGUGGUAGUGUAUGUAAAUUAGUAUUAGGAGGUCUACAACCAGCUGAUGAAUUAUUAUGUUGUGAGGAUAAUUUACCCUGUUUGGCUAGUUCCCCCAUAUGUUCCUCUACUAAUAAAUUGACUCGCUGUUUUUUCAUUAAUAAACUGGGUGCUUGUGAGCGAAAUGAUACUCUAGCCAAAACGGUUUGUCAAUAUCAAGAUGGUGUUUAUUGUCUCAAGGGAGAAACUGACAUACCAUACGAUGAGGACCAACUAGGCGGUUGGAAUGUAAUAUAUUGGAUCUUUGCUCGAUAUACUGCAAUUAGGUCAGUUAACGGUUAUACCGACGAAAAAACAGGUCCCCUUCCGGGAGCGCCACCUCCAGCACCGGCAGCGCCACCACCGCCGGGAGGAGAACUUCCAUCCAAAGCACCCAAAGGACUUCAAAAUCCCAGUUCUAUGGUCUGUUCGGAUUCUAUGGCCUCAGGAAUAUGUCAAAUUAAAGAUGAUUCUGGAUACAAAAACUUUAACUAUAUUGUAGAAAUAUGUAAUAAUGAUAUUGAUAUCAUAAAUUCUCCUCCUCAAAUAUACAAUUACAAUUCUACUACUACUGUUUCUACUACUGUUUCUACUACUGUUAGUAUUACAACAACCAUAUUAUCACCUCCAAAAACUAUUAUCACCACGGUUACAGAAAAUUCGCAGAGUUCGCAGAAUUCGCAGAGUUCGCAUUCUGGUACUAAUCAUUUAGAGACGGGAAGUUUAUCUUCUUUACUACUUGUUAUUUUGCUAAUUAUUACCACAGGAAACAUAAUCGGCAGAAGGAAAUUUGGAAUAUUUUGCACCAUAUAGUACCGUGUCAAUAAACAUUUUUUUACGGAAUUUU